GAGAAGAAAAAACAACAAACAAAUAAAGAGAAGAGAACAAAAUUAUUGCGCACGGUGCUCGGACGUCAAUGAGAUUGCCGUCGAUGGCUUUGACUCUCCUGUCCCUCGACCACUACCCCCCCUCUGCCACUCUGGCUUCGGCUCCACUCUCAGAGCAAUCUUGAAAAUCGUGAGUUUGUUUGCUGCGGCUGCUCUGCCACGGCUGUUGCAGUUGCACUUUCAGUGUUGUUGCAGCUUUGGGGCACGCUUUUGGUCCGCCCUGUGCGCAUUUUCUUUGUUUUUCGUUUUGUGUGUGUGUGGCAGGCCAGGCAGCAGGCAGGCAGCCAUGGCAUGCAGUGCCCCCUAAAGAAAAAUCAAGUUAGCAACCAACGCACGCAAACAGAGUGGAUAGGGCGGCGAUAGGAGAGGAGGAGCAGGCGGAGUAGAGAGGGUGAGGAGGUCCAACGCCAACGCCAACGCGAACGCUGCGCUCGUGUAUUGGAAAAAAGCCUGCAGCGCAGUUGCCUUCUCUCGUGCUCUCGCGCUUCGCUGAUUCACAGACAGCACAGACCAGGCAGACGUACCGGAUGACAACAGAGGGGGGCAGGGCACGUUGGCGUCGCGUCGCGUCGCUGCCAGCGUCGACUGCUGAAACUCGACUUUUGUGGCGUUUUGUCGAGAGGUUGCUGAGCCCGAGCACCGAAGCCGCGAAUCCAGUUUCUUCUUCACUCGCACGGCGUCAGAGGCAGACGGCACCAGCAGCACAGACGGGCAACUCGGGAGCGAGCGCCAAUACUAUUUUUCGCAAAAUCAGCAGCACAACCAUAACAAAAACAAAAAACAGAAAGUUGGAAAUUGUUUCUGCGCUCUGCUUUUGUUCAUGCUGAUCCUCUGCGGGCGAUGGAGCUGGCUUUGAGUAAAUCUACGUGCUCUUCUGGAGCAGCAGCUGCUGCGUCCUGCAUGGAAUGCUGCACUGAAUGCCCCCUCUCCUGCUGCAGUGCCUCCUCGUGUUGCGAUGCCAGUUGCGAGAUGCUGCCACAGGACGCCAUUCGAUACGAGUACCACGAGCCGGAGGAGAACUUUGUGUCCAUCGAUGAUGUGAAGAUCAAGGCGCUGCUCCUGAGAAUUGGCCAGCAGCAGCAGCAGCAAGAGCAGGAGCGACAGCAGCAGAAGGCGGAGCUGGAAAGGCAGCGCCGUCUGGAAAGAGAGAAGGAUCGACUGGAAAUCAUUGUGCUGGAUGAAGAUGGUGUGAAGCAGAAGGAGCAGCCACCUUCAGGCUUGAUCAUCAGUGCAGCCAGAAGUCUGGCAGGAAUUUGGCCACUGAAACGCACAUCACCCGACAUCCAAUUGAUACCCAGAGUGGAGCAGCGCAUUGUGGCGGAAAUCGAGCUAAGCGACAGCGAGGAGGAGCGGGAAGAGAACCCAGAGAACCCAAGUGAUGAGGAAACACUCCCAUUGGCUGCCGUCAGCUGUGAAUUGGAGGAACAGGAGCCGCCACAAGUGAUUGUCCUGCAAUCAGAGGAUGAGGAAGAGAAGGAGCAGCGGCCAAUUAAGCAGAGGAAACACAGAAGAAUGAGCAAACGUCGUCCCUACGUGAAUCGCCGUGGACGGCAUGUUUUUGAGUGCGACGCCUGCGGGAAGAAGGUGCAGUCCAAUUAUAAUCUGCGGCGCCACAUGAUGAUACACACUGGCGAACGUCCCUUUCCGUGUGAUCUGUGCGAGCGUCGCUUCCGAGAGUUUAGUGAUCUGAAGAAGCAUCGCAGGAGGCACGCCCAUGAUCCGCAGUUCAUCUGCAUGAUCUGCCAUUUGGGGCCGCCCUCAGAUCAGGACUCGACGCGUUGUGCGGACUGCGAGAGCAAGAAUCUCAUGGUGAAGCCGGAAACUGAUGGACCAGAGCAAGCUGAGGAUGACCCUGUGGUGGAGAUGGAAGAAGAUGAAGAGGAGGAGGAGGAGGAGGAGCAACAAGAGCAGGAUCAGGAAGACACAGAGCAGGACGCCACACCACCACCACCGGCACAGCCCUCGCUGCCACCCUCUUUGACUGUAACCCUAGUGCCAAUCAUCACACAGCCAACUCCUCCUGCCCCAGAGGCCGUUGCACCACCGCCAAUACAGCCAGCUGCACGACCACCUCUGCCACUCAGCUGCAGCAGCGCCAACUCAUCCUCGUCCCUCAGCAAUGACGGCACAGCCACAGCACACCCGGCGAGACCCACUAGGAGUCGCCGCUCCUAUCCCUGCCCGCUGUGCCACCGACCAUUUGGAACGCGCCACAACCUCAAGCGCCACUACAUGAUCCACACGGGCGAGAAGCCGUUCAGCUGCACCAAGUGCCGCAAGCCCUUCCGCGAGUGCUCCACGCUGAAGAAGCACAUGGUAACCCAUGUACGGGAUCGCUGGUACAAGUGUCUGCGGUGUCCCUUGAAGUUCCAGGACUAUUUGGACUACACAUCCCACAAGGCCUCGCACCAGGAGGAGGAAAGCAGCGGCGAGCAAAAGUCCACCUAUGAGAGCGAUGAUGGCGACAGUUCUGUGGAGGAUUGGCUGGAGUGCUGCGAGUGCCAGCAGAGAUUCACCGAGCUGGAUGCGUACACGGCACAUCUCAAGCAGCACGACAUGGAGCUCUACGGCAUGAGUGUGGAUGAUGUGGACAUUGAGGAGCAGGGGAACGUGGCCACACUGUGAUGCCAGAACGAAUUUUUUAUACGAUGAUUGAAUCAUUUAUUUAUUUUAUAUCUAUUGAUUUAUUUUUACUAACUUUCACUGUGAGGAGAACGGGCAGGAUUACAAAUCCUGCUUCAAAUCAAGACAUUCCUAUCCUGUAAGGCAGUAUUUCCCAUAUAAACUUUUGCAACGAAUGAAACAUUCAUAUUUUAUGUUAAAUUAUAAUCUUUUGUUUUUGCUGGAUUUAUGUUACCGAAAGGUA